AGAUGUGGUGCUUACUCCGAGCGUAUCAAUUCCUUUACCUUGUCUUGUUCUUCUUGCUUUUUCAAGCUAAUCUGUCAUCCUAUUCUUCUUCUUCUCCAAUAACUCAGCUUUGCUCUCACGAUCAAGCUGUUAAACUGAUCCAGUUCAAGAACUCUUUUGCCAUUGAUAAAACUUCUUCUUCGGACUGUGACUAUUUUGGCAUUAAAUCUUAUCCUAAGACAAAUUCAUGGAUGGAAGGUACGGAUUGCUGCUCAUGGGAUGGGGUGACUUGUGAUAAUAUAAAAGGUCAAGUGAUUGGCCUUGACUUGAGUUGCAGUUGGCUAUAUGGCAUCAUCCCCUCCGAUAGUAGUCUCUUCCAUCUUUCACAGCUUCAGAAACUCAACCUUGCCUUCAACAAUUUUGAAGGUUCCGAGAUGUCACCUAAGUUUGGUGAGUUUUCAAGUCUAGUGUAUUUCAACCUCACUAGAUCACACUUUGCAGGACAAGUCCCAUCCCAAAUCUCCCUCUUGUCAAAAUUGGUAACACUUGAUCUCUCUCAAUUUCCGCUUUCUGACGGAAACUAUCGAACACUAGACAAACAUACUUUGGAAGGACUUGUUCACAAUCUAACUGAGGUCAGACAACUUUUUCUUGAUGGAAUCGACAUGUCUUUUAUUAAUCCUAAUGUCUUUUGGAAUCUAUCCUCAUCUUUAAGGUCUCUAAGUCUGAAUGAUUGUGGUUUGCGACGAAAAUUCCCAGAAAACGUUUUCCACCUGCCAAACCUCAAGUUGCUCAAAUUAGGAUUCAACAGGAACCUCAGUCUCAAUCUUGUACAAUUCAAUCGAAGCAGCCAUCUCAAACUUUUGGAUCUAUCAUCUAUGUCCUUCUCUAGAGAAUUGUUUGAAUCGAUUGGCAAUUUAGUAUCUUUGGAGCAUUUGGAUUUAUCAUACGCAUUUUUCUCAGGAGGAGGAUUGCCCAAUUCAAUCGGGAACCUUAUUUCCUUGAAGUAUUUGUGUCUCUUAAAUUCCAACCUAUCGGGACCAAUUCCGAGAUCAUUGGGGAAUCUCUCGCAACUCAGUUAUUUGGACUUGUCAGAGAACUCUUUUAGUGGAUCAAUUCCAUCGUCACUCACAAACCUAAAGCAACUUGAAUUCUUCUGCAUUUUUGAAAAUAUGCUAGAAGGUUCCAUUCCAGAUGAGGUAACUGCUUUUCCUAAUCUAAUCUUGCUAGACUUGAGUUCAAAUUUACUUAUUGGAACACUUGUAUCAUGGUUGUAUACCAUUUCCUCCUUAAAGUGCAUACGUCUCUCUCAUAACCUAUUCAGUGGCCAUAUCAAAGAAUUCCAAUACAACUCUCUGGAAGUGAUAAUGUUAGAUAAUAAUAAACUCCAAGGUCCUAUUCCAUUUUCAAUAUUCCAACUCGUGAACCUUAAUUAUCUCUCUUUAUCAUCAAAUAAUCUAAGUGGUAUUGUAGAGUUUAGCAUGUUCUCCAAACUCCAAAAUCUUCGGGUGCUUGAUCUUUCAUCUAACAGUCUAUCCUUAAACUCUAAUGGCACUAAUGCUUUUUAUACAUUGCCUAAUCUUUCAUAUUUGGAUUUGUCUUUUUGCAAUGUUAGCAAAUUCCCCCAGUUCUUAAGAGGCUCUGAAAGUUUGAAUCAUUUAGGCCUUUCCAAUAAUAGAAUUUAUGGCAAGAUUCCAAAGUGGAUGUGGAAUGUGGGGAAGGGCUCUUUGACUUACUUAAAUCUAUCUCACAACUCUUUGACAUACAUUGAGCAACUUCCAUGGGAAGCAAUUACAUUUCUUGACCUAAGCUCCAAUUUGAUUCAUGGAGAUCUUCCAAUUCCACCUUUCAGAACAUCUGCCUUUUUUAUCUCAAAAAUAGGUUGA